GUCGUCCGGUCGCGGCUGUCGACCAUCUGUUGUGAAUUAUAACUGUAUGAUUCAGCUGUACUUCUGUAUUAUUAUUAUUUCUUUACUAUACUGAUAUAGUGAUACCAUGGUCCUUUUGAUACUGGUCCGUCGUCCGUGUUCAAAAAGCAACAGUAUAUUAUAUUGUUUAUAUUAUAGGUGAUAGGUAUUAGGUACCCAUCCAAUAUUUUCUAAUGUUGGUUAGCUGUGGAGGUGCGUAAACCGCAUUAUAGUUUUGAGUUACCUAUACGACGCGUCCGUGGGUGCCCUACUACACUCAGCAUACGUUUAGGUUUUGUCUGUAGGUGUGUGUGUGUGUACGUGUGCGUCCUGUGUGUGUGUGUGUGUGUGUGUGCGUGUGUUUGUUUUCUCAUUCGGCGGCGUCUAUCGAUCGAUCGGGUUACGAAAAUCAUCGCAAUUGACGACGGCGACAGGUGUUCGUUCAACGACGGCAAUAUCAAUCUUGUAUACAAUUGUUCGGUGUUACUGUUGUGCUACUGUUUCUGUCGAUUUUCACCACUUGCUGUUGAAACACUUGUCCAUUCAGCGUUGAACUGAAAGGCAGUAUGGUGGCUUAGACAGUUACGAAUAAUUACGAUAUUUCAGGUGGUAUCUGAUUUGGACUUGUGCGAUGUCGGUGGUGUGCCCGACAUUAUUGAAUCUUGUAGGUUCCCGUGUCAUACGAGGUCCCAGCUGGAAAUGGAACAAGCAGGAUGGUGGAGAAGGCUUUUUAGGAACAGUCAGGAGUUUUGAGUCUCACGAAGAAGUUGUCGUUGUUUGGGACAAUGGAAUAGCAGCCAAUUAUAGAUGUUCCGGUCAAUAUGAUUUACGUGUUUAUGACAGUGGACCAACUGGACACACUAAGCAUGAAGGGGUUGUGUGUAAUUCAUGUAAACAGACUCCUAUCAUCGGGCAUCGUUGGAAAUGCAUGAACUGUCCUGGCAAUGAAGUUUCAAGUGAUAGUUCUGUAGAUUUGUGCUUUAUGUGUUAUCAUGGUGACAAACACAAUGUUCGACAUAGGUUUAUAUUGAUCCAACAUCCUAUACCAAAAGAAUUAUUAAAAGAUCCUCGAAGUCUCGGUGCAAAUCCAGUUAUAUUAGAUCAAAGGAAAAAAUCUAAGAAAAUAACAUUGCGUGGUAUAUUCCCUGGUUCACGUGUUGUGCGUGGUGUUGACUGGCAAUGGGAUGAUCAAGAUGGAGGAUCUGUUAGCCAGAAGGGUUUGAACAAUGCUGUCUCUCAAACAGUUGUUAAACGUGGAAAAGUGUGUGAAAUUCAAGACUGGUCUGCUAUGACAGGCAGUGUUCGCUCGGCCGCCUAUGUCCAAUGGGAUAUUAAUAGUAAUACGGCUGGGUGUGUCAAAAACUUGUACCGCGUCGGAUUUGAAGGAAUGUCGGACUUGAAAUGUGUGUCUCCAUCCAAAGGAUCUACAGCUGUGUACAGAGACCACCUGCCAUUGUUAGGCCAACACCAGCACCAACAGCGGAAUGACCAGUACAGGCAAGGAGCGCUAAGUUUAAAUCAUCUACAAAACCAACUACAAUAUCAACAGCUAGAGAUUGGUGAUCGGGUAAGAGUUGAUCUAGAAUUGGACGUUGUACGAGCUAUGCAACAAGAUCAUGGUGGAUGGACAGAAGGCAUGUAUGAAGAAUGUUUAGGAGGUGGAGUUAUAGAAAGUGUUUCUAUUGGAUCGGUGGUUGGUAUUGAUGAAGAUCAUGACGUCGUUGUUCUAUAUCCAAGUGGCAACAGAUGGACAUUUAACGCGGCCGUACUUACAAAAGUUGUUGGACUUAUUGAUAAUCCAGUGGCAGGCAGUUCCAAUUCAGCUGGAAGCUCAUAUAAUGAACACGUUAUCAGAGUGGGGUCAACUGUAAAGAUAUCUAGUGAUGUGGAAUUUGUUCGUCGAUUGCAAAAAGGCCAUGGAGAAUGGGCUGAUGCCAUGUCUAUGACUUUGGGCGAAGUUGGUUUUGUGCAACAAGUGUAUGAUGAUGGUGACCUCAAGAUAGUUGUAUGUAAUACUUCGUGGACUUAUAAUCCACGAGCGGUUACUCUACUAAAUAAUAAUGGUACUGAAUACGGCAAUGAAGGAUAUCGAGAUGAAACUCAAAACGAUAGACGACUAAGAUUAGCUCGUGAGAGAGAUUUAAGGGGACGUGAGCUGGUCACGUCGGCAGCAAAUGGCGAUGUCCAAAACUGUCGUAGGAUUUUGGAGAAAGAAAGACAAAGGAAUAUGAAUGAAAAGCCAACUGGGGAGCCACCAAUGACACUCAGCUAUGCUCUCACACCAAGACAAGCUGCAAUGUGCGCUAAUUAUACGCCUCCACCCACAGCUGAGGAGUUGAUACUGACAAACUUUGUGAGUAGCGGGCACACAUCUCUGCAGGCCGCUGCUCAAAAUGGUCAUGUCGAUGUUUGUCGAGUGUUAAUUGGAGAGUUUGGUGCAGAUGUCGAAUUUCAGGACAGAGAUGGUGAUCGUGCUAUUCAUCAUGCUGCAUUCGGUAACCAGCCACAAGUGGUGCAUGUGCUAUGCGUUGUUUUUGAUGCUGAUGUGAAUGCACGUAAUAAACGAGGACAAACUCCUCUGCACAUCGCUGUUAACCGUGGGUAUGCUGACGUGUGCCGUAUUCUGUUACGUCUCAACUGCUUGCCAAACCUACAGGAUAACGAGGGUGACACACCAUUACAUGAUGCCAUAUCUCGGAGACGCGAUGACCUUGUAGCCAUGUUGAUGGAAGGAGGAGGUGGAAGUAUUGUCACCUGUAAUAUUCCUUCAAGUGCUGUGGCCACCAAUGUUUUGAGUGGAUGCGAACGUGCGUAUGACCGCUCAGGGCCUAAGAUUGGGCUAGUUCCUGAAUCUCGGACUUUGCUCAUGAAUAAUUCAAAUGCCAAUAUUGCUGCCAGUGCUUCUAUAACUCCUAAGGAUGACAAUGUUGCAUAUGCUACGACCGAAGUGGAAAACAAAAAAAGUACAUUGUCAAUAAUGAGUGGUCAAGAAGAUGGUGCCGUUGGUUGUUCUGCUUCCACAGCAUGUUCUUCCUCCGAUGAAACUUCCAAAUCCAUAGAAACAAGUGUAAGUGCUAUCACAACUGCUGAUACAGACCCUGGAUUUCCAGCUAUUGGAUCACCGUCUGCUGAUCUCAUGGUGGUUAACACAAACGGUUUCAACCCGCUGCAGCAUGCAGCACUACGUGGUAAUCCUGGAGCUACCGCCAUCAUGUUGGACUGGAUCGCCACAAACGGCGGCCAUCGCUACUGGGUCGUGGAUGAGCCCAAGGACGAUGGAUACACCGCCCUGCAUUUGGCUGCUCUCAACAAUCACAACCGUGUGGCGUCAUUGCUGCUGGUCCGUGGGCGGGCCGACCCAAACAAACGAAACGUCAACAAGCAAACAGCCCUUCACCUGGCCGUGGAACGCCAGCACGCAGAUAUCGUCAAGCUCCUAGUUCACCACUCCGCCGACCCGAACAUCCCCGAUAAGGACGGCGACACGCCCAUGCACGAGGCUUUGCGACAUCACACGUUGCUACAGAUCAAGACGGUCGGCACACCACCCCCACCUGGAGUGGGCUUGGGAAACAACCCUAGGGAUCCCAACACAAAGUUCCGGUCAGACGGCGGUGGUGGCAUAUCGCUGCGAAACAUUCUCGCUGGCAACAGGGUCAUACGUGAUUACCGGGAACUAUCAGACGACUUUGAAAGCGGGUAUUCAGACGUCAGCCGCACUGUUACGAGCCUUCCAUGUCCCGUUGAACAGGCGAGGGAACUUUGGGCGGCCAAGGGUCCCGCGUACUUGGAAAUUUUCGCUUCGCCGGUGUCCUCGGUUCAAAGAUUGAUGGCUGAGCUCCUUGGGGCAGCCGAAGAGUUUAGACGUUUGCGCACAAGUUCCAGCAGUGACAACGAAGCUGAUGACAAUAAAGACAGCGAUCUUACUACAAUAGAUACCGUGCCCGGCUUGAACGAUCCACCCCCGAUCAAAACUAAUAAAUCGAAGAAAGUGAUUAACCGCCGUCGGAUAAAGAAAUCUCCAGUGCGAACUAUUCGCCAGCAGACCGUUGACGAUCAAACCGGUCCGCGAUUAGCCGGAGAGGCACGUGCCGCUGCACUCGUAGCCGCCAUGGCUCUUUCCGGUAAUAGUAUGCCAGAUGAUGGUGGACGACCGGGACCAAGUUCCGAACAUAACAUGGCCGGAGAAGAGCGUUUGGGCGUUCAAACUGCGGUUUCUGGACCUGGUAGAAAUAUUUUCGGACGGCCCGUGCGUGGUCCGGUAUCAAGAUCUGCACCCGCUUCCCCAAGCAAUGGAAAUGUGAUCCCGCCACCACCGAGUGCCACCGUCAUUGUUUGCGUGCUCGCCGGCACCGGUCGCGCUGAUUUAUGGUUGCGCAACAACCGUGGGCAAACGCCGUUGGAUCUUUGCCCGGCCGACCAGCCUUUGCGGCUCGCUCUGAUCAAGUGCUGUGACGCGGCCGCUAAAGCUCACAACGUUCAAACUACUAAUACCACCGCCACCGCUGGGGGUGAAACCGAUGGUUCCAGUGUACCGACUCUUUCCGAUGAGCGUCCUCAACAAUCCCAACUGAUGCUUCAUAACAUGCCACCAGACUACUCGAUCAAGGCACCGUAUCACGAUGCGUACGCCCCAUUGAUGUCGAAAGAGCCAGAACCCCCAAAAGAGUGCUCCAAGACAUUUGCUACUCGAAGUGAUUCAGAAUUUCUUAAAAUUUCAUCAACAAUCGCAAAACGUUUUAUGAACGCUGGGCUUCCUCCCCCGCCGCCAACUAUGAUGAGGCUAGAAGAUAAUACUCCGGCGGUGCUUUUACAUGAGCCUGAGCCUUUUAGACUCGGUAUACCGAGUACUUCCAUUGGAUUAGUGGAUAACAACUUAAUGAGAAGGAUAGACGAUGACGUUGACAACAAUGACCCGGAACCAGAUUCUAUGGACAACAGUACUUUAAACAUCGCUAGUAAUGCUAACGGCAGCAUAGUGAUUGAUAGUUCUAAUAAUAGCAGAACAUCUACUGAACGCGGUCAUAUUGACAUAGCUGCUGGUGGAAGCAACAAUAGCAAACCUUCCACUUCAUGUGAUCUGUCGGUUAUAAAUAACACAAUGUCCCGGUCACGAGACAAGCGAACGAAUGAGUUGGAACAGGAGAAGAUUGACAUUGCAAACGCUCCAAUACCGGAAGAACGGCAAAACUCUCCCAUGGAUGUGGCGCCGAUAAACCCUCCCGAUGUUCUGGAGCCGGGACUAGUGGAAAAACUCAUGCAGCAGUUGAGUGAUCUCAAGGAAAUGAAUAUGUGCCCUGUGUGUUUGGAUCGAUUAAAGAAUAUGGUGUUUAUGUGCGGGCAUGGAACGUGCCAGCUGUGCGGUGAUCGCAUGGCCCCUGGCCAACCUUGUCCUAUUUGCCGUAAACCAGUCGCACACAAGAUAUUAUUGUAUUAGACCCAGACAACGGAAUCAACAAUAUUCAUAUGAAUCUUCUACUGAUCUAGGCAUAACCAUUUAAAUUCUUAUUAUACUUUCACUAGGUUCGAUGAGAUUUUGGAGAGAUCAUAUCUAGUGUUGUAUCAAUUUAUUAUUAAUUAUAUUAUUUUUAUUUUAUUUUUUUAUUGAAUUUAUCACAUCAAUAGUUCAUUUUUUACUCUAUACUAUAAACUGAGUUUGCAAUUUGUUUUCUCCAAUUAAUCCCGAGCCAUUAUUAAACAUUUAAAACAAUAUUAGUAACUUAUUGUAUGACUAAAACACAUGUUGUUUUGUGUUUUUUUUUUUUUUACUUGGUCAUACAUAAUUAUAGAUUAUAUAUACUUUAGACAAUAGUAAUGUAUAAUGGAUUUCAUAUUGUUGUAAAGUUAUUAUUAAAUCCAAAAUAUUAGUGAUAUCAAUAUAUUAUACUUAGGGCCAGUAUUACCAUCUCCGGUUAAAUUUAACAGACUCCUAACCAGCAGAAUUCGGCAGGUAAUAAAAUGUGUUAUUAGUCUGUUAAGCGCAAUCAAUGAUUGUAAUACUGGUCCUUAUUGUUUGUCUAAAGCUUACUUUUAAUUUAUAAUUAUACUAUUUAUAAAAUGUGUUAUAUGGCCGAACAAUUACAUUUUUUUUGUCAUUAGCUUUAGCUAUAAUAAUUUUAUUUAUGCUACAUUUGUUUAGUUAAAUAGCAUUUGUUUUUUGUAUUAAUUUGCGGUAGUUGUUGGUAGUCAACAAAGAUGGUAUCCACAAAUAAUAUUAUUAAUAAUUCAUAAUUAAGGUUUUUUAGAUAUGUAUUACUGGUUUAGUUUACUAGAAUUUAUUUUUUAUAUUAAUUGUUUGUAGUUGUUAGUAGCCAACAAACAUAAUACUUGCAAUUAAUAUUAUUAUUAUUUAUAGUAAAAAUUUAUAUUUUUUAUUAGAAUAGGUACAUAAUUUAUCUAGAUUUACUACUAUUAUUAUCAACAACAUUAAUGUUCUUAUCAUCAUUAUUGAUUAUAAUAUACCUUUUACUCACAAUUUAAGAUAUAUAGGUUAUUUAAUACCGUAUAGAAAUUGGUCUCUAGAGUGAUGCUCACAGUUUAUCCCAAAAAUCAGCUGUUCACCAGGAAGAAGUACAGCUAGUGCUCUCAGUGUACAUAACUAUAUAUAUUGAAAUAAAAUAUAUAUUAUAUAUCAUGAAAAUAUAGGUACAUUGUUUAAUUACAUUAAUUUCUGUUUGGGCACUAGUGGCUUCUCGCGGGGCAUAAUCGAGUAUAAACAUUAUGCAUCAAAAAUAAUGCUGUGUUGAUUAACCUGUAUGUCUUAAAUUGUGUUUAUAUGUAUUUAUAUUCAAAUAUUAUAAACUUAUAAUAAUAUUAACCUUAUUAGCUUAGUUAUUGAUUUCUUUAGUAUUAGUGAUGAUCUAUUAUGAUGGAUGAUAAACUAUAGUAUGUAGUAUUGAGGUGUACUCUAGACUCUACCAGUAAUUUAAUUAUAGCACAUACUACCAAAAGUAGAAGUAUUUAAAAAAUUAUAUUAAUUGAUUUAUAAUUUAAAAGUUCAAAAAAAUGUAUUCUAAUAAUAAUUGUAGUUUAUACAAAAAUAAUCAACGUCAAUAUAUCUUUUUUUUUUUAUCGGAAGUACUGAAAAUGAACUAUGUACUCUAAGUAAUUUUGUUUAUAUUACAGUUUAUUGUCAAUCAUCAUUCAUUAAUCAAUAUACUUUAUAUUAUAUUACGUAUAAUUUUAGUAUUUUUUUUUUCAUUAUUUUCUCUAAUAUUUGUAGUUUAGUAUAUUAUUAUUAUUAUUAUCAUAGGCGUGCGCAAACUGGUCGCUGGGUAUUCGGCUAGUAAAAUGUUCUCCUCAAAAAUAUAAACGCGCCCAUCAUAUUGCCUUGAAAAUAUUUACAAUAACAUUUUGUUAUGAAUAUGUGUUUAUUGAAAAGGAUAGUAUAUAUUAAUAUUAUUUCAUAAUCAAGCCGUAAAUAUAGAUUGUACUUAAAAAUGUUGUUAUUUGUUCUACUUCAUUCAUAUUAUGCCCUCUAAAAAAAAUUAUCUACCCCAGUCCACAGAGAAUACGAGUGCAUACCCUGCAUACCCAAUACCUAUGCAUGCCUAUGAUUAUUUCUUUAAACAUUUAUAAUUUUUUAUGCUAUUAUUAAAAAUUGUAUAUUCAAUAUUAUACAUCAAUCUUAAAAUAAACACAUUUAAUCACUUAA